AUGCCGUCCGACCGCGACCCCUCCGGGGAUGGCUUCAACAACCCCUACGGGAAUACCACCCUUGUCGGUAACUGGUUGGAGGACCGUCUGCAGCAGCGCAUCGUGCACAAGGGCCGCGGCGGAGUGGCGGCGACAUGGUGCGCAGAGGGCAUCUUUGAUGACCCGGCGGUGACGAUGGCGCGGCACCCGGCAGAGGCGCAGGCAGCCCUCUUGCACAGCACCUACGAUGUCGACUACGGACAUCGACUGGGAAUAACGCAGCGGACCAGCAGUGGUGGAGUGGACGAGUGGGCUGCCGCCUCCACGCUGAUGCGCGGCAGCAAGCACAACGCGAAUACUACGAGUCCUGGCAAUGCCUUGACCACGGCCAAGGGCGGUAUCGAUAAGGCGCUUCUCUUCUCCGUCGACCCCGUCGCCGACCCGGCAGCGCCGCUGCCGCUCUCCACCAACGCCGACACGUACGGCGCCUUCUACUACGCAAACGGCGACGGCUCCGUCAUCGGCAAUGGGACGCCGUACGCGGGCUCGGCAGCCGACGCCACCACGUCCACGCCAGCUGACCUGGGGAACGGCGGGGCCACUGCACCACUCGCUGACAUGGAUCGUGACUUGUACGAUAGCGUGUCACGCGCGGUAGCCGCUGCCGCUGCACCGUCCUCUAGCUUUCGUAUGACUAGGGCUCAACUGCAGCGGAGUGCCAGCGCCAACGCCACGUCGUCAUCUCCGAUUCCGCGACGCCACAUGUUCAGCCGCGGUGUAGCGACGACAAACGCGUUUGGCCACACUGGAUGGACACUCGCGUCCUCCUCCGCUACCUCAUCCGCUGGCGACGUUGGCGCGGCCCCGUGGCGACCGCUCCAGCGACACCGACCGCCGAACAAGAACAGCAUGGACGAUGAGCGUUGGUGCUCAUCGAAGCAAGCAGCCGACACGCCGGUAGAGCACUUUACGCUGCAGAAGCGCCUGCCGCCAGUGCGCAUGUAA